ACGCCAUGGAAACAAGGUUGGCCGAUAUUGUGAUAGGUCUAUUGACAAUGUGCUGAGUCACAGGUGGCUUUGUAUAAACCUAAGGGUCCAAAAUUCACGAAAUUGUUCGCUGUUGAUUUAAGUAUUAACGUACGAUAGCUUGAGCUUUUGGGAUUUUUUUUUACAGGAUCAGACUGUGCAGUGGUGCUACGUGUGAAUGGUUUGACCUUAUUGUCAAACAAUAGGACGUGGUUGAGCAGUUUGUGGUAUACAUGUAGGCCCCUAUAGAAGAAAACUUAGAUACGGAAUUAGUUUUGAUCCAGCCAGAGCGAUCAAGUAUUCAAUUUGAAGUUUGAAUCGUUCGUUUUGAAAGUUGAUUCGUACAAUCAUGGCGAGAAGGAGGCGAAGUCCGUGGCUUGGUCUGGUUCUCGCCUCUGUGGUGCCUUGUCUGAUAGCAUACGUGGUUUAUACCGAACCGUUCCCCCAUGACGUGGCCGACAGCCCAUGGACGAUCAGACUGGCUGCGUAUAGCGUGAUGAUCAAGUUUAUGGCGACCCCGUUGAUACCUACGCGGAUUAACGACUGGCUUGACGAGCGAUACAGAGCAAACCAGCGGGCAGCCGGGUUUGGGUACCGAGACGAGCUGUUUGACGGGGUACAAGUCCGGAUACUUAACGCGCAUCCGGCGGGAGGAAAGACCGAUAAGCGGCCGGCCAUCGUCUUCUAUCACGGCGGAGGGUGGAUCAUGGGUGACACUGAUAUGUACCACCCAUUGACGUCGCAGUUGGCAAAGGAACUGAAUGCUGUGGUGCUUUCAGUCGAAUACAGACUGGCGCCCCAAAACCCGUUUCCCGCACCGCUAGACGACUGCACAGUUGCUACGGUCUGGUUCCUGAAGCACCUCAGCAAAUACAGUGUCGAUCCUACCAGGGUUGCCUUAAUGGGCGACAGCGCCGGAGGGAACCUGGCUGCAGUGGUGGCACAACGUUUGACCUUUGACCCAGAGUACCGAGAUCUGCCCAAGCCUAAGCUGCAAGUCUUAAUCUAUCCAGCCUUGCAAGCCUUCGACUUUAACACCCCCUCCUACCAAAGGAAUGGCAACUACUGGGUGCUGCUCAACAAGCCCCUGAUGACCAUGGUGUGGGACAGUUACCUUCGUGGCAAAGAUGCCGGGCCGAAUUUGCAAGACGCAAUGCAGGCAAACAUGCACACCUCUGCGGCCGCAAAAAGGUCCCCACUAGCCCAAAAGUGCCUGUCCCACGAUCUCAUCCCGUUUAAGCAGGCUGACUACAAAGUGCCCUCCACCGACAUAGGGGAUGAAGACAUCUACAAUGAGAUCAAAGACGUCCUCUUGAAUCCAGACUUCGCUCCUCUCAUGCGAGAAGACCUGAGAGGUCUGCCAGAGGCUUACAUCCUGACAGCCGGGUACGACGUCUUGAGGGAUGACGGCAUCAUGUACGCCAAGCGUCUUGAGAAGGCGGGAGUGCCAGUAACACUGAAGGAUUAUCGACGAGGUUUCCAUGGUAUGUUCGGCACCGGGCCCAGUUGCCCGUUAGUUUGCACACCUAUGGUCGAAGAGAGCUUCUGGCAUUUCAUUGCGUACGCAAAGCAACGUCUUUGAAUGGAUUGUCUUUAUCAGUGGUUUACUUAACUUGAUUCUAGCUCUUCUCAUCAGUGUUUUUUUUUUUCACUUUCCGUAAUUUAGAGUUGUUGGCCUUUAUCAGACUCUGUAGUAAGUACUCCACAAAGCUAAUAUCGUACCUUUUCAUUCUUCUUUGCCGCUCAAGCUUUGUGUGAUUUUAUAUCUAUUGUUUUAUUGCUGCCUAACAAUAAACACCUUUCCUAACACUUUCUUGAUGUCAGUUUGUAAACAUGUUUAAAUAUUAAACAUGUUUAGAGUUUUGAUGGAUAGUGUUUAAUAGCCAUUGUGGUUUAGGAAUUGGCCUAAACAACACAUUAGUGAUAACAAUAUUGUGUUUAAUUGCUAAACGCAGGUUGUAGCUCCCGUAUAAUGAUUAGUAACUAAACUAUAGAUAACGCACAAGUAGGAUUCCAAUAUUGAAAGUAAAAACCUUUUAACGUUUAGAAGUGCAUUCGCGCUCUUGUUUAGUAGUCUCGCUUUUUACUCAAAUGCAGUAAUGUAUAUGAAUAUAAAAUACAAUUUAUACACCAUUUGCGCAAUGGUUAAACUUUGUAAGUGCAUGAUUUGUUAACGUUUCGUCGUUUGUGUUUAUAUUGAAUACCUGUUAAUAUUGGAAAUCUGCAUAUGACAUCAACUAUAGCAUUUUCCUAGCGACAUAUUUCCCGGCCUUCAACUGGAAGUUAUAAGGCGAACCCGCUUGCUUGACUAAGCAUGCCGUGCAACUGGUUUGUACACUGCAAAAACUGUAGUGUUAAUUUAACACCAUUCGGUAUCUAUAUAGGACAACACCAGUAAAAUUUAACACCAGAUGGUCCUAUAUAGAUACCAACAGUGUAAAUUUAACACUGCAGUUUUUGCAGUGUAUGAGCGUUAAAGCAUCCGUGGUUAAAGCAUCAUCCAUGGCGAGACAGACCUUGAUUGACGAGUGUAAAUUUGCUGUCUAGUCUCUUAUCUACACGAGAUUUAUACACGAGAUUGUGAUUGUUAAAUAAUAAUAUUCUACAUGAU